GGAGCGUAGCGCCGCCUCCCUCACUCUAUCCGUCUCCGCCUAGCGUCUUCACCGUCAGUCUCCUCCGGCUCGUCCGCUUGUGUUAUUCGGUCAGCAUCAACAGGUCCGAGGAGCCAAUGACCGUUCAUAUUUAAUAUCACUUAAAUUAUCUUUGGAUUCAAGGAUUCAAGGAUCAGGACUCUUAAGGAUAGAGAAUGGUGCAGAUGAGAAGUAAAGGAAUGCUCUGCCUGCAGGACUCCGGGGGGGUCUGUCUCCGGGAGCAGGUGGACUACAUGAGGCGCUCGCUCCAGGACCUGAGGCAGCUCCGGAGGGCCUCGCCGGCCCCGCCCCCCCUCGCCCCCGCCACGCCCCCCCCAGCCCCCGCCAUGCCCCCCUCCUCCUGCCGCCGCCCGGCCCGCCCCCUGCGGCUCGGCCAACGGCGUGAGAUGCACGCCAGGCUGCGCUUGUCGAACGCCAGUACGGCCAGUACCACCAGUACCACCAGCACGGCCAGCACAUACGACUCAGCAUGCUGCCUGGCUAGCCCCCUAGAGGAGGAGGAACAGGAGGAGGAGGAGGGCGGCCGGGCCGACUCGGGCCUGGGCCUCCGUCCAGGUCCGGGUCGGGGGCGGGGUCAGGGUCCGGGGUCACCCGUCAGCGAGCGGAGCCUGGAGCUGGACUCGGGGUACUCGGAGGCGUCGUGGCGCGACGAGGCCGCGGUGCUGCGCCGGAGCAGGAACGUGCGGGUGUCAGCCUCCGCCUGCCUGCGCACCAACCGGACGGGCCAGGGGGGCCGGAGCCGGCCCAAGUCCACGUCGGACGCCUGCCUGGAGAACUGGACGCCGUUCGACGCGGGCGACGCCACCGACUGGACCAACUCCCUGCUGACCCGCGGACGCAACCGCCGGCCGCUGGUGCUGGGGGACAACAGCUUCGCAGACCUCCUCCAGACCUGGAUGGAGCUGCCCCCCGGGGGGCCCGAGGGGCCCGCCCGGCCCCAGGGGGGUCAGGGGCCCGCGGCACCGGCCCGGGGGUUCUUGGGGAACAUGAGGAGGAAGUGGGCGGGGAUCUCCAAGAACGUGGAGGACCGGGUCAGGAUGAGGUCUACCGAGUCCCGGGCGGACCGGACGGUCAACGCCCCAAAGCGCCUCUCCUGCCCGGUGGGCGUGGCCCCGCUGGGCGUGGCCCCGCACGGCGAGCAGACGCCCUUCUUCCAUCAGUCCCUCUCGGUUCUGAGCGAGGCGCAGGACCCCUCAGACUACUUCCACUUCAGAGCUCUGAUGAAGUCUGGCAGCCGGCAGCCAAUCAUCUGCAGCGACCUCAUCGGAUACAUCUGAAACGUCUGUUUCGUCAAUAAACAGAACCUUUCCUCCAUGUCACUUUAUUUUAUUGCUCGACAAUGUCCACACAUCUGUGCUCUAAAUAAAAUGUAUUUUUGAUAUUUAAAAUAG